AUGGUUUCCUUGAACGAGUGGCUAGUUUUCUCGAGUGUAGUAACAGUUAUCUAUUUGAGCUUUGCUUGUGGUGCCGAGUCCAUUAGUGUUACUGAGCAGGGACGUAUUGCUGAGACUGAUGGAAAUUUCAUAUGUGUGACUCUCGACAUGUGGCCGCCGGCCAAGUGUGACUAUGGUGUUUGUAGCUGGGGCAAUGCUUCUCUGCUAACCGUGGACCUCGACAAUCCAAUCCUCAUCAGUGCCGUUAAAGGGAAUGAAUUGGGAGGAGUACCAGUAGAAGGUGUGAGAGUUGAACCCGAACAAUAUGCAGCCGAUAUGGCUCGUCUUGAAGAGGUAGUAAAAAGCAUUUACGUGGGGCCUAAUAUUAAUACUCCGGCCUUGAUAGCCCCAGGAAGGGUAUUCGAAUACGAAUGGUUCAAGAAGUUCAUAACCAAUGAGACUCGACCACCUGGCGUAAUCACCCACCACACCUACCCUCUCGGCUCAGGGUACGACGAGAACCUCAAGAACAAAAUCCUGAAUGCAACUGUUCUUGACGAGGCGGCCGAAGUGUUCAAACAAAUGCACAACCUUCUCAAGCUAUCCCCGACAAAGACGGUUUCUUGGAUUGGAGAGUCAGGAGGCGUAUACAAUAGCGGCCGUGAUGGUAUCACUAACACCUUCCUCUUCAGUUUCUGGUAUUUGGACCAUAUGGCAACUGCAGCCGUUUACGACACCAAGGUGUACUGUAGGCAGACGCUGACCGGUGGUAACUAUGCGUUGCUCGACACUGCGACGUUUAUCCCGAAUCCAGAUUACUACAGCGCACUGCUUUGGCAUCGUUUGAUGGGAACACAAGUUCUGAUGACAUCAUACAAUGGGACUAAGGACCUCCGUGCUUACGCCCAUUGUGCAAAACAAUCCGACGGACUUACUUUACUUCUGAUAAACCUAAGUCCAGAUACCAUAAUCAAGACAAAUGUCUUCUCAUUGGUUCCUAAUCUCGUACGAGAGUACAGAGAAGAAUACCACUUGAGCCCAAUGGAUAGGAAGUUGCAGAGCCGGACAGUUUUGCUUAACGGGAAGCCACUAUUUGUAGGCCCAAGUGGCGCUAUACCUUCGUUGAAGCCCAAGCAAGUAGCCAACUCGAAGCCCAUAACGGUUAAUCCGUAUACCAUUGCAUUCGUCCACUUUCCCCAUUUUCUUAUCCCUGCAUGUCAAAGCUCAUGUGUUCGUGAUAUUUGUAAGAUGGUUGAGUGGCGAGCUUUGUCGAGUUUAGUAAUAGUUGGGUGUUUGAGCUUCGGGUUUGGUUGCAAUGGUAUUCGUGUGAGUGAGGAAGGCACGGUUUCUAUUGGUUCGGAAAAACCUAUUGCUGAGACUGAUGACCGUUUCAUAUGUAUGACUAUCGACUUAUGGCCACCGAGCAAAUGUGACUAUGGGGUUUGUAGCUGGGGUGAAGCCUCACUGCUAACCGUUGACCUCGACAAUCCAAUACUCAACAAUGCCGUUAAAGCAGCAUUUUCACCUUUAAGGAUAAGAAUGGGAGGCUCUCUGCAAGACAGAUUGACCUACAAAACUCCUUCGAAUCCCUCCCCUUCAUGCCCUCAUUUCACCUUCAACACUUCUUAUUUGUAUAACUUCACUGAGGGAUGCUUGUCAUUGGAUAGAUGGGAUCAAGUUAAUUCCUUCCUCAAUCGAACAGGGGCUAUCGCGAUUUUCGGCCUGAAUGCCCUACAUGGAAAGGUAGUAUUGCCGCAUCCGGGACCUCUUGGCCCUUUUAACACGACGGACGCCAUCGGUUCUUGGGACCCCACCAUUUCCGAAGAACUUAUUCGUUAUACUCAUGAAGAGAAAGGGAAUGAAUUGGGAGGAUUACCAGUAUUAGGAGUGGAAGUGACACCAGAACAAUAUGCAGCGGAUAUGGCUCGUCUUGAAGAGGUAUUAAAAAGCAUUUACGUGGGGACUGAUAUUCCGGCCUUGAUAGCCCCUGCAGGCGUAUACGAAUAUGAAUGGUUCAAGAGAUACAUAACCAAUACCACUCGACCACCGGGCGUAAUCACCCACCACAUGUACCCUAUCGGCUCAGAGGCCGGAGGCGUAUUCAACAGCGGUCGUGAUGGUGUCACUAACACCUUCCUCUUCAGUUUCUGGUCUUUGGACCACAUGGCGAUGGCAGCUGCUUACGACACCAAGGUGUAUUGCAGGCAGACUUUGACCGGCGGUAACUAUGCUUUGCUUGACACCACCACCUUUCUUCCCAAUCCAGAUUACUACAGCGCACUUCUUUGGGACCGUUUAAUGGGAAGUCGCGUACUGUUGACAAGUUAUAAAGGGAGUAGGGACCUCCGUGCGUACGCCCAUUGUGCAAAAAAAUCCGACGGAAUUAUUAUACUUCUCAUAAACCUCAGCGGCAGUACCAUAGUGAAGACCAAGGUUGACCUGCAGGCUUAUGGACUCAAAGAGUACUCUUAUCGCGAACUAGUGUACAGAGAAGAAUACCACCUCAGCCCAAUGGAUGGGGACUUGCAAAGCCGGACUGUUUUGCUUAACGGGAGGCCACUAUUUGUCAGCCCAAGCGGUGCUAUACCUGCUCUCAGGCCCAAGAAAGUAGCAGGCUCCAAGCCCAUAACCGUUAAUCCGAAUACCAUUGUAUUCGUCCACAUUCCUCAUCUUAUUAUCCCUGCUUGCACUGUUCCAGAACUAGGCGGCGCCUUUGUUCGUGAUAUGUGAACCGUUCGUAUUGCUUGGAACAGGAAACGGUGCGAAGCUAGCUAGCUUGUGUACCAUAUGUUGUACACAAGCUGUUUGUAUUAAUUUCUGGAAUAAAAUGGCCGUUUCCGUUUCGUAUGUCCCAAUUACUAUAUGUAUGUACAGCCGAAACAGAUAUUAAUUGAUGUGAAAACCAUGGCCGGGACUAGCCGGUUGGAC